GGUGCGUGUCACAGAGUGCGCAUGCGCGGAGGGACACGCGUGUAGCGACUGUGUGAUCGGUUCUCCGGUGGUAUAGCAGCUCUCUGCGGAUCAUGUCGUGGCUGUUCGGGCUCAAUAAAGGUCAGGGUGGCGCUCCGCCGGAGGGUCCGGUACCGCCCGCUCCUCCUCCGCCGCCCGCCGGGUCUGGCUCGGGCUCCGGUGACAAACCGAAGGACAAAUGGAGCAACUUCGACCCCACCGGGCUGGAGCGAGCGGCGCAAGCGGCCAAAGAUCUCGACCGAUCCCGUCAUGCCAAAGAGGCGCUGGAUCUGGCGCGCAUGCAGGAACAAUCGGUUCAGAUGGAGCACCAGAGUAAAAUGAAGGAGUACGAGGCGGCUGUGGAGCAGCUGAAAGGAGAUCAGAUUCGUGUUCAAGCGGAAGAACGCAGAAAAACUCUGCAUGAGGAAACCAAACAGCAUCAGGCGAGAGCUCAAUAUCAGGAUAAACUCGCCCGCCAGCGAUACGACGACCAGCUGCGACAGCAGCAACACCUGAAUGAAGAGAACCUGCGCAGACAAGAGGAGUCGGUCCAGAAACAAGAGGCCAUGAGGAAAGCUACCAUCGAGCACGAGAUGGAACUGCGACACAAGAACGAGAUGUUGCGCGUGGAGGCGGAGUCUAAAGCUCGCGGUCGCGUGGAGAGAGAAAAUGCUGACAUCAUCCGCGAACAGAUCCGACUGAAAGCAGCUGAGCACCGACAGACGGUCCUGGAGUCUAUACGUACGGCAGGUGCCGUGUUCGGAGAAGGAUUCAGAGCGUUUAUAUCUGACUGGGACAAAGUCACGGCAACGGUGGCGGGACUGACGCUGCUGGCGGUGGGCGUUUACACCGCGCGGAACACGACCGCUGUGGCCGGGCGAUACAUCGAGGCUCGAUUAGGAAAACCAUCGUUAGUACGAGAAACUUCACGAAUCACCGUGGUUGAAGCGUUAAAGCACCCGGUCAAGAUGGUGAAGCGGUUGAAGAGUAAACCGCAGGACGCGCUCGAGGGAGUCGUGCUCAGUCCGUCUCUGGAAGCGCGUGUGCGUGACAUCGCCAUCGCCACGAGAAACACGCGUCAGAAUCGAGGACUGUAUCGUAAUAUUCUGAUGUACGGCCCACCGGGGACGGGAAAAACACUCUUCGCCAAGAAGCUGGCGGUGCACUCUGGGAUGGAUUACGCGAUCAUGACUGGCGGUGACGUUGCUCCGAUGGGUCGUGAUGGAGUGACGGCGAUGCACAAAGUGUUUGAUUGGGCGGGAACCAGCGGCCGCGGGUUGCUGCUGUUUGUGGAUGAAGCUGAUGCAUUCCUGCGCAAGAGAUCGACUGAGAAGAUCAGUGAAGAUCUGCGAGCGACUCUAAACGCAUUCCUGUAUCGCACCGGAGAACAGAGUAAUAAGUUUAUGUUGGUGUUGGCCAGUAAUCAGCCGGAGCAGUUUGAUUGGGCGAUAAACGACAGAAUCGAUGAGAUCGUGAAUUUCACGCUGCCGGGAGCGGAGGAGAGAGAGAGACUCGUGCGGCUGUACUUUGACCGAUACGUGCUUGAACCCGCCACCGGAGGACGCCAGAGGUUGAAACUCGCUCAGUUUGAUUACGGUGUGAAGUGUUCGGAGAUCGCCAGUCGUGUGAAGGGAAUGUCUGGACGAGAGAUCUCCAAACUAGGAGUCGCUUGGCAGGCGGCGGCGUACUCCUCAGAGGACGGCGUGCUCACAGAAGCGAUGAUUGACGCGCGAGUCGACGACGCGAUCCGUCAGCACCGACAGAAGAUGGACUGGCUGCACGGUGAGGGUGUUCUGGAUAAUGAGGGGCGACCGCUGAACCCAGAGGCCACUAGUAAAUCCAGUAAGAGCAGCUUCACGCCACCGCCACAGGAAGUGACAUCAGAGCAAAAAGCCGAGGGCAAGAGCACUGAAGGCACGCCAGUUUAACCGUGUCAAACUUCAGCGUCUGUUUCAAGAGAGUGAUCCGUGUGUGUCUGUGAGGAAGAUGUUCUCUGUGUAAAUGACACUUAAAACUGUUAAUAAUCACAAAUACUGAAAACAUGAAAUGAGAUGGAAAAUGUUUUAAUGUCGACAGUAAAACAGUUUUCGUUUCUGAUGACUCAUGAUGUGUUCUUCAUGUAGAAAUGGUAAAACUUCACACUUGUUGCAUGUAAUCAAAGGUUUAAAAACAUUAACAGUAAUUCCAACAUGUACUGCUGCAUUUUAAACAUUAAAGUUGUUACUAGUCAUCAUGAACUUUGCAAAUGUAGAAAUUCAGUCAGAAUUAAUAAAUGCCUUAAAGGUGUUUGAGUAUCUCAGCGAGUCUUGACGCUGACUAUCACCGCUGGAGUCGUGCUGAGUGACUCCAGUCAGGUCUCCUUAGCAACCAAAUUGUCCUGGUUGCUAGGGAGGGUAGAGUCACAUGGGGUAACCUCCUCGUGGUGGUGAUUAGUGGUUCUCUCAAUGGGGCGUGUGGUGAGUUGUGUGUGGAUCGUGGAGAGUAGCAUGAGUCUCCACAUGCUGUGAGUCUCCGCGGUGUCAUGCACGACGAGUCAGCGUGAUCAGAUGCGCCGAUUGACGGUCUCAGAAGUGGAGGUGACUGAGACUCAUCCUCCACCACCCGGAUUGAGACGAGUAACCGCACCACCACAAGGACCUGCUAAGUAGUGGAAAUUCCAACAUUGGAAUAAAAUAAAUAAAUGCCACAAAUAUAUUGAUUGUGUUUGAUGCUUUACAUAUGUGAACAUAUAGAACCUUAUUGUAAACAUGUUACCGUUGAAUUUGACCAAUAUAUAUUUGUUUUUUGAUCAGAUCUGUUUAGCAGAUGCAUUUAUUAUUACACCUGAUAUUAAAGGAAUAUUUCGGGUUCAAUGGAAGUUCAGCUCAAUCAGUGUUAUAAUGUUGAUCACCACAAACAUUCAUUUCGGCUCGUCCCUCCUUUAAAUGUGUGUUCCAGUGAGACACUUCCAAUGCAAGUCAAUGGGGUUUAAUCUGUACACAUUAAAAUACUGUUUCACAAGUCACAAGACAUAAACAAUAUGUGUGUUAACAUGAUACUGUCAUUAAAUCACUCACUGACCACAUGUGUGUGAAGAUAGAGACAAUGUUACAACUUCAUUGCUGUAAACCCUAAAACGACUCCGUCACAUUUCUGACUUUAAACCUCCAAAAACUGCCCCAUUGACUUCCAUUGUAAGUGUCUCACUGGAACACAUUUGUGCUUUAUUAAAGGAGGAAUGAGAUGAAAUUAAUUGUGUUAAUAAGCAUUAUAACACAAAUGCUGCUGAGUAAUAUUCCACCCGAGAACACGCUCGAGUUCACAUGUUGCAUUCUCAAGAGUUCCCACAAGGGGCGCUAUCCCCCUUAUCCUGAGCGCGGCAAGGAUGAACAAACUGUCAUGAGAGCAAGAGAUGGAGAAUAAUCUUUCUUCACAUUUAUAAACUGUUCACGUGUUUAUUGUAGCUACCUGAAUAAUAUCGUCCUGUUUGGCAUUGGUGGACAGGUCCCGUCACGCGUGUGCACUGACAAAACAUUCACAUUUCAGAACUUGCGUGUGUUUCUGGCCGUAAACGAUUUAUGAUUGAAAUGAAACGGAUUGACUCACUAUCAAACAUCACCGUAACAUCAAAAUCCCCAAAAACACAUCUGACCUCAAGCUCCUUUACUAAAGAUUACCAGCAUGCUGUGUGUUUCUUGACACGGUUACCUGAUACACAAGUACGGGGAGCUGUAGACCCUACAAAACACAAACCCGUGAAACACCACAAGCAAAACAGUCAUCGAAGACU